AUGUCUCAGUACCCAUUCCCAUCGAGUAUUGCUCCUCUCGAGCCCUACUACGGCAAACAGCUCACCGAAGAUGAGUCCACCUGGGGCAGCUCUAGCAACCCGGCGCUACCUGCACUUCGCCCAGGUGCGGCGAGUGAUGUUUUCAUGGGCGCCAGUACCUCACACAACUAUGAGGACGAGGACCAAGACUUCUUCGAGGCGAUGCAAUAUAACACAUCCGGCAUAGCGCAUGAUGAGUAUUCAUUUGCAGAGAACCUUGAGGCUUCCUGGCCUUCCCACGUUGCUCAAGACCCACUUCAACUGCCCACGAAUGACAUCAGUGAUCAGACACUAGGGCGUUUCGACAUGUCGACGGCCAUGUCCGACCCGAACUACUUCAGUAGCAUCGCGGCAUCGACUAAUAGGGUUACUCAAGCCGUCGAAGUGCCUACAUCUUUGCCGCCUACUGAGUUAUCAAACUGUUUGUUGAUCGAUCCGCUAUCUGAGACGAGCAUUAACGCCUUAGCAGUUGACUCCAGUUACCAGGGCCCAGCAGUCGCAACCAAAGCAUCAAGUCACCCUCGUGCAGCUGGUAGCGAUGACGACGACAACGAUGCGGACGACUCCUCCAGUGAUCUGAGGAUAAACAUGGCCGACAAGGUACCUGGGCGUGGAGGCUUCCAACAUGCUUUCCUUCGAGACGCCACGGAAAAGUCUCAAGGCAAUGUUCCCGACGAUUCAUCCUUGGAAGCGACACAAAGGAUACCUUCUUCUUCGCUCAUCGAGGCGCGCGUUAUUGCCAAACCCCGCAAGUCGCGGGGCAAAAAGCAGCUGAACAAGAGCUCCACCGCUACAGAGCAGGUCCCUCCUGUAUUUCCAGAGCCUGACGCAACGUACGACUUCGCCGUCACCGACAAGGACGAUGUCUUUCUGGACCCGAAACCGGAGGCGGAGUUUGGCACGCACGAAUCCCACCUUGUGAAGAAGGUCAGCGAUGCCACUCGCGAUCUCAAGGUGCAGAACAAGCCUGUGUCGCAGACAUUGCCGACUCUAGGGCAGCAGCGGGUACUCUGGCAUCCGCCUGCUGACGAUCACUCUAUCCCGACAACACCAGCUCACUAUAAGAUCUGCUUUGAUCUGUUGGUCAGGGCUAUCGACUACAGUGGGGAAGAUGUUGUCGAGAGGCGCGAUUCAAAGGAGUUCCAGCGACGCUGGAUUGAUCGCGAACAUUACGACCCGGGUUUUGUUCAGGUAUUAGCAAAGCAAGUCCUCGACACGAUGAUUGACGUCCAUCGUAACGGCUGGACAUAUUAUGUUCAGGAUCCCGCGUUCAGGCUGAUGUACCACAAGACCAUGUAUUUCACGUUCAGGGAUCGCUUCAACGUCACUGCGCUUGUCCUGAAGUACUCGAAGACCACUUGUGACGGCAUCUUGAAAGGUCAGCGUCUGUACGAUGUUAUCGGGAACUCGUACCACCUUGAAACCCGGGUGACAAGCAACAAGAAGGCAAACAGCGACCGCGCCAUCAAGCUUGCCAAGAUCAAGAAGGAGGAAGAAGCCACGGGGCAGAAGGUAGCCAAGCGCACUCACGAUGCAAACGAAGAAGAAGAGCCGAGCGAUCAGGCCAACAGCUCCAAGAAGCCCAGAAAGCGAGCUAUUGUCAGUGGUGGCACUCAUCUUCCAGCGGAGGCACCCUACACAGUAUCUUCUGGACUUAUAGCAGAAUCUGCAACAAAUACAAUCGCCAAGGUCCCUCGCUCAAGGGCCGUUGGUCGUGGGUCUGCGAAGACCUCCAAGAAGCGCUCCACAAAGAUAGCGGCCUCCAAAUCUCCUGUACUCGACGAUGACUCUGCUGAGAUUGCUCUUGGCAAUGAUACUCGCAACUCCGGCACAAGUUGA